AUGUUGGACAAGCUGAGGCCCACGAGCCAAAUCGAGGCCCCAACCGUGGCGCAUGCGCGGUCAGUCGUAUGGCUCCGCGAGCAGCUCGACACACGUCGUGACUCGCUGCUGCUCAUGGAUUGCCGUGCCCCAGAGUUUCACGAGUCGGCUCACGUCCGUGGCGCAAUCAACGUGGCCAUCCCAGGGCUGAUGCUACGGCGGCUGAAGAAGGGGAACUUGCCCGUGCGCACACUGCUGUCACAUGGCGAGGACCGCGAGAGGUUUGUGCGCCGCUGCAAGAGCGACUGCAUCAUCCUGUACGACGAGUACGGCCGGGACGUGAGCGACAACGCAGACGGAGGCUCGGUGCUUGGGCUGCUGCUCAGACGCAUGAAGGACGAGGGAUACAAGGCCUUUUAUCUGGAAGGAGGCUUCAGUAAGUUCCACGCGGAGUUCCCGUCUCUUUGCGACUCCAGCCCAGACGGCUCUCCUCCUUGUGGGUCUCCCCCGGCUCCAGUCCUGGGUCUGUGUGGUCUGAGAAUCAGCUCGGACUCUUCAGAUAUUGAGUCCGACAUAGACCCCAGCAGCGCCACAGACAGAGACUCUGUGAACGGCAGCCCCCUCUGCUCGGCGCCCUCCUCCUUCCCGGUGCAGAUCUUGCCGUACUUGUACCUGGGAUGCGCGAAAGACGCCACGAACCUGGACAUGCUGGAAGAGUACGGCAUCAAAUACAUCCUGAACGUGACGCCGAACCUUCCCAACCACUUUGAGAGUGCCCGCCGGUUCGUCUACAAGCAGAUCCCCAUCUCGGACCACUGGAGCCAGAACCUUUCCCAGUUCUUCCCGGAGGCCAUCAGCUUCAUCGACGAAGCUCGCAGUCAGAAAUGUGGCGUCCUGGUGCACUGCCUGGCCGGUAUCAGCCGUUCGGUGACCGUGACCGUGGCGUACCUCAUGCAGAAGCUCCGCCUCUCUAUGAAUGAUGCCUACGACAUUGUCAAGACCAAGAAAUCCAACAUCUCGCCUAACUUCAACUUCAUGGGGCAACUGCUGGACUUUGAGCGCACGUUAGCCAUCAACGCGCCGUGUGACAACCGCAUCGCUGCGACCAAUCAGCAGCUCUACUUCACCACACCGACCAAUCACAACGUCUUCCAGCUCGACGCCAUUCAGUCCACGUGA